UAUUGAAACAAGUUGUACAUUUUUAUACAUAACCUGUUCCUGCUAUGCGGAUCCAUUUGUAAUUUUUAAUUUAUUUGAAUGGCUUUCCUACAAAAAUGUACAUACUUAUACAUUCGUCGAGUACAAUUCUUUUAAGAAAAAAAUACGAUUGCACAAUCUUAUUUGGACUCGUAUAGAAAUGUAUAAAGAAGCGUUAGUAAAUCCUCAUUUACCAAAAGAAACUUGCCAAGAGAUAAGGAAAAAUAUAAUGGACUCUAAACUUGUUAAACCAAUAGCAGUGGACUCCUUAAUUAUGGAAUUAUGCUACAAUGAACAAUUUGCAGAUGCAGGAAUAUCUUAUUAUAAAUUUUUGGAACAAAAUAAUUCUCAAUUUUCUGUAAUUACUGCUUGCAAAUAUUUGCUAUUGUACAAAGUAAAGCAAAGUCCAAUUACAGAUGUAGAUAAACGCCACAUUUUAAAUGUAUAUAAAACUAUCGUAAAACAAUAUCCAGUAUUAGAUUCUUUCGUAGCUACUUCUUGUAUCGUUACCUUGUGUAAAAUUGGCGAGUGGGAAAAAAGCAUUGAAAUUAUAAAAUGUUACGAAAUGCACGAUUCAAAGUUCCUUAGAGAGGGCUACAGUGUAUUGAUUGAUUAUUUACUCAAUCAUUGUAACAUGGAACUUGCCCAAAAAUAUUUAAUUUGCUCUUUCAAAAAGGAUGUAGGACCUCUAAAUUAUGUAUAUAAUAGCUACUUGAAAUAUUGUUUGAAGGAUAAGCAAACAUUUAAUGAAAACAUUGAGAAAUUGUUUAAAUUGUGGAUGCGAUAUGAUAUUAAACCAGACGUGAAUACUGUAAAAGAAUUUAUACAGAUUUGCAACAAAGUUGGUUGGUCCGCGAAAAUAACAACUAUGAUAUUCACAAAGUGUUCCGUGUGUCAACAAAGAGUGUUGAUACCGCCUUUAUCGGAAGAGGAAUUUAAACGUUUAUCCAAGACUGUAAUGCAAAAACUGUUUGUCAAAAAGGGAUACAAAUCAACUGUUCCAGAAGAGAUAGUAGAAUUUAUUGAAUUUAUCAAGGAAACAAAACCAUACGAUAUCAUUAUCGAUGGUUUAAAUGUUUUACACAAACAACAUAGUCCAAAGAAUUACAAAGUGUUGGAUGCACUUCUUACACACUUUAAUGCACAAAAUCAAAAAGUACUUGUUAUCGGACGAAAUUAUUUGACAAAGUUCAAAUGGAUAAAGAAUUUGCAAACAAAAGCAACUUUUUUCUUUGUAGAUGAUAGCUCAAAAGAUGAUCCAUUCGUGUUAUAUGCAACAUUAUUGAAUGGAAACGAUGCUAAAUUUAUAUCCCAAGACUUGAUGCGUCAACAUAAAUUUGAUCUCGAAGAUGGUGAAUCACGUGCCCUUUUUAAGAGGUGGCAAUUCACACAUCAGUACACCUUUACUGCCCAUUUAAGUCCAUUUAACCUGAGUUCGAAUACGAUAGACUUGACUUUGAUGCAGAACUAUGUAACAACCAAUACAAACUAUAUUCAUUCUAGUGUUCACAAACAAAAUAAUUGCUGGCAUAUACCAUUUCAACUUAAUGCAAUUGCAAUACAAAGAGUAAAUUAUGUACAUUCAAACCAUUGGGCUUGUUUUAACAUGUGUGAAUAAGAAAUAUAGACGAAUAAAAUACAUAUUUUUAUAUAAAAUUCUGAAAUUCUCAUUUAUAAUUCUAUAUUGUAGGAGGGUAAAGAAAAAAUAAAGGCCGGGGAUUCGAACCCACGAUCCUCGGAUUCCGAGUCGACCGCUUUACCUACAUGACCGGUCCGGGGUCCCGCAAAUAUGAAGUAAUUUCACAGUAAGUAGUUGGACGUCGCUUCAUAGAAACCGACACAAGUAUGGAGAAAUUUCGAUAACUGGCGCUGCAAUCGCAUCGAGUCGCUCCAAUCGUGUUUUUACGAUCGGUCGAUGGUCGCUCUUACACUUUGGAGAUUUUAGUUCGAUACACUUAUUUUUAUUAGAAGCAGAUUUUCAAUUUGCAGACGAUCCUAUGAAAAUCUUGAAAAACGGAAAAAUCGGGACGCAACGCGUAGUGCUUAUCUACUUGUAAUCGGAAUCGGAAUCGUGAAAUAUGUGAUUGUUGUACACACGUUAAGUUCCACGGUUUUACGCCAUCUUAGUCUGUCAUCAAGCUAGCGGUACGAAUUUUCGUAAUUGUUUUGCGUUUCUGAAAACCACUUGUGUCAAUUUUUGGACAAAAGCUUUGCAACCUUUCUUUAGAACUGUGAAAAUUGCUUCUCGGUAAUUUGGCGUCCGGUGAGUGAAACUCGUUCUUUUUUUUCGAGAUUGUUGCUAACAGUGCUGUUGUACGUCUUUUGCGUACGUACAAUAGAAUAUCGUAGCCUUUAAUUAGUAAAAUUUGUUUGUCCAUCUUAAAAAGAUUCUCCGAAAAGUUUGUCUUUGACAAGUAUAUCAAGGAUCGCGAUCCUCUUUAGGAAAGUGGGAUGAUACACUGAACAGAGGAGAAUUCCUGCAUGGACCGUUCUGAAAA